AUGUAUAUCUGGUCAGGGCUUCUGCCUCGAUGCAAGAAGCAUUUACUAAUGCCACGGAGCGCGGGAGGGCUGAAAGAAUCAUGGGCCCAGGUGUUGGUCCAAGACCGACCUGAGGAAGCUGAAGUACCUCCUGUACCUACUGCCAAGUACCUGCUCGAGUACUCCCUACAGCUUGCAAGACCAGAAGACAUCAUCAUAUUUGGCUGCUGCCAUCUGCGGGCAAAUGAGGGGAACAUAGAGUUAAAGUUCGUAAACAGACGAAAGCGUGCAUUCAACUCAGAAGCAAGUGGUUUCCAUCACAUCUCUAGACGAGGAUGCCCACCACCUUGGGGCAUUGGCAGCUGGAUGACUGGACUGCCUGCUGGUACCACCACCACCACCACCACCACCAGUAGGCCGGAGCUGGAGCCGGAAAGAAGAACAGGGGUGAGGCCUGGAAUGGCAUGGGUGGAAACUCUGCAGGUGUGGGUACAACCAAGGACGAGACAUUCAUUGAAGGCACAAACAUCAACUUGGGAAGCAAUUGUGCGAGUUAUGCUCAACUGGGGGAGACAAGAGGCAACGAGACAAGCGCAGGCUCCCCUCAACCAUUGUCAAGUACUCAAGUACCUGCGUAAGCUGCAAAUGCAAAUGCUCUCCGACCAACCUGAGGACGGAGUGAGAAAGAGGAGAGUCGGAAACUAUGCACCACGAAAAUCCUGCAAUGCCCUACACGACAAAGUACAUUUCCAGCGGUUCAGCUCAUUAAUAGUCUGUUGUAACCAUGAUUUGCGAUUUGCUGCGGUCGCAAGUAAUCGAGAUGGGAGCUUCAUCGAAGCAAGAUGGUUCGCCGGUGUAGAAGUCUGUCUGUAUCAAGCCUCAAUGACAGUUCAAAUGACAAAAACUAUAGAUCGAGCUCUUCUUGACAUCCGGUCUAGUUAG